UGAAAAAUUCAUCCAAACCUCAGCAAACUCCAAUGCAUCGCCAUCGAAGCACAGAUCAGUUCACUCUCUGAGACACUCUCGUUCCGGGAUAUCUUAAAGACGAUGCUCUCCCUGAAGGCCCGUACACUGUUUUCCCCUCCAUUUUCCUUCGCACUCUCGCUCCCCAAACGCAUCCCUCAUCUUAGACCCUCAUUUUCCCUCAAAACCUACUCUCAAUCCUCACCUUCCAAAUCCCCCGUCAAGAUGUCCUCGUCUCAGACCGUCGUCGAGCACGUCGUACUCGUCAAGGUCAAAGAGAAUACCGACCUCUCCAAGGUCAACACCAUGGUCAGUCGUCUCAACAGCUUGAGCUCCCUUGACCAAGUCCUCCACCUCACCGUCGGUCCGGUCCUCCGAUCCGGGUCCUCCUCACUUAACUUCACCCACGCACUCCACAGCCGCUACAGGACCAAGGACGACCUCGCGGCCUACUCUGCCCACCCCACCCACCUCAGCGUGGUCAAGGAGUCCCUCCUCCCGAUCAUCGAUGACAUCAUGGCGGUCGAUUGGGUGGCCACCGGUGGCGAUGUUGAUGAUUUUUUCGUCCCACCGCCAGGCUCCGCCAUUCGAUUCACCUUCUUGAAGCUCAAGGAGAACCUGGGUGAUACUGUAAAAUCUGAGAUUCUCGGGGUUAUAAAGGAAAUUAAGGGCAAUUUCUCCCAGAUCAAGCAGAUUAGUUGCGGGGAAAACUUCUCGCCGGCGAGAGCCAAGGGGUUCUCGCUGGCUUCGCUAGCGAUUUUUCCAGAAGUGAGUGAAAUGGAGGCGGUGGAUUCGAACGAGGAAUGGGUGAAUUCCCAAAAGGAGAAGGUCAGGGAUUACCUCGAGGGCGUGGUCGUCGUUGAUUAUGUGAUCCCGCAGCCACAAUCCGCGAGUCUCUGAUUGGUUGUGUACAUUGGAGUCUGCACAAUGCGGAACCCUGCUAGUGUUUCAGUCUAGCUUGUCCCACAGAACAGUGCGGAGGCUCUGGAUGGUAAAGGUUGUUUUCCAGUUACAGUUAAGCGCCCUGUUGAGCAGCGCUUUCAGCUUUGUGGAUGGUAUCUGAAUGGCAUCUUAGAAUGACUUUUCUGGAGGUUGAGCUUUUUGAGCCUCAGUGGCUGCUACUAAGGCAGCAUCGGCUGCUGCUGUUAUGGUAUUAGUGAAUAUGAUGUUAUUUUAGACACGUUCACAUCUUGUUGUGAGAGACGUUAUUUUUUGGAGCAUCUGCAUUAGGCUGGCAUGAUGGAGUGGUACUUGUGGAUUAUUGCUACAUCAUAGCGUUGAUCUUGAAAUAGCUCAUGGGUGAGGAAGAUCAAGGUUUAGAGCAGGGAUCGAGGUUUACAGUGGGGAUCCUUCUGUUCGGAAUCCCAUUCAUCUAGGUGUUCUCGAUCGAGUUUCGAAACUAAUGAAGCCAUUUUGUAUUAGAAUAGAGAUUAGGAUCCUCAUGAACAGUUUUGUUUUGGGUUAACCAGAUGUCCAAGAUUAAAACUGAAA